AUGGCAAGCUCUAUCAAUGCACCGUCCGUGGGAAACGAGAAAGGUCCUUCUGUGCCCGACAUGGACACAGACUCCAACAUCCUUCCGGAGGAUGCCACCGACCCUGUCUACCUGGUGAAAGCUAAGGUCAUCAACGACGCAUUGCAGGAGAUCGGAAUGGGGAAAUACCAGUGGCAUCUGUUUGGCGUCGCUGGCUUCGGAUGGAUGAUGGACAACAUGUGGCCAAUAAUAACCUCCCUCAUCUUCACCCCCGUCGUGAACGAGCUGCACCCUUCGCGCGGGCCGUUCCUCCAGUUGGCGCAAAACGUUGGUCUCCUGGUAGGGGCGUUCUGCUUCGGUCUCGGGUCUGAUAUAUUUGGCCGUCGAUGGGCGUUCAAUAGCACGCUGUUUAUUACCGGAGUGUUUGGACUCGUUGCGGGAAGCGCGCCGAAUUUUCCUGCUAUUGCUGUGUUUGCGGCGCUUUGGAGCGUGGGAGUAGGGGGUAACCUACCAGUUGACUCGGCCGUAUUUCUAGAAUUCAUCCCUGGGCGUAAUCAGUACCUCCUGACGAUCCUCAGCGUGUACUGGGCGUUCGGUCAAUUGCUAGCGACACUGAUAGCUUGGGCCUUGCUGACCAACUUCUCGUGCCCUGAAGCUGUUGGCUCCUGUCCACGCUCCGAGAAUAUGGGAUGGCGAUAUUUCAUGUUCACCAUGAGGGGGAUCACCCUCGUAUGCUUCGUCCUGCGAUUCGUCGUCUUCCAUCUGCAUGAGACCCCCAAGUUCCUCAUGUCCCGGGGCCGCGACGAUCAAGCUGUUCAUGUGAUCGAGAAGGUAGCAUUGUACAACGGAUCCACGACCUCUCUGCGUUCCGAACAGCUCAGAUCUCUGAGUGAGAAGCCCGAAGGUCCAGCGCAAGACACAAGCGCAACUGGUGCCGUUCGUCGUCGUUUCGAGAAAUUUAACGCCCCCCACGUGCGAGAGUUAUUCAAGACGUCCCAAAUGGCGUGGAGCACGGGAGUGAUCGUCCUCAUCUGGGCGCUGAUCGGGCUUGCAUUCCCGCUAUAUAACGCCUUCCUCCCAUAUCUGCUCGCGACACGCGGCGCACAAACGGGGACGAAUAGCACGUUACUCAAGCUGCCCAAGUUUGGAAGGAGGGGAGCGCUGGCCCUGUCGACGGUCCUUACGGGGGUCUUCUUGUUCGCGUCGACGACGGCAAAGACGCAGGACGCAUUGCUUGGGUGGAAUUGCGCAUAUAAUUUCACGUCGAACGUCAUGUAUGCGGUGCUUUACGCGUAUACACCUGAAGUAUUUCCAGCAAAGAAUCGUGGUACAGGCACGGGGAUCGCGGCGACCGCCAACCGGAUCUUCGGAGUAAUGUCACCCAUCGUGGCCAUGUUCGCGAAUCUGAACACGCCCGUACCGGUGUACGUCUCCGGUGCAUUGUUCAUCUUUGCAGGGUUACUUGUGGUCUUGCUGCCCUAG